CCUCCAUCACCAGAUGUCAUUAGAAAAUUUCGCUCCUCAUUUCACCCUGAUGUUGGCCAAAUGCGAAUAUUUUAUGGAAAUGCCUAUGACCCUCACAGACAGUGGGCAGCAGAAAUGACCCAUGGUGUAAAGACACAACAAGUGGUCAGUGCUAAAGAGAUUGUCCAACCUGAAUGUAUGAGUCUGCUUCAGCAAACGCUUCAUAACCUUGAGGAAAGUUCCUACAGGAGAACACAGAAAGGCCCUCUAGGAAAAUCGUAUGACCAAAUACCAGGCUUGCCUAAAGGAUUAGACCCAAUGAAGUUUACGUUUGGCAUGCCCACACCAUUGGAUAUUGGAGCUGGCGCUUUGAUCAAUCCAAACAAGAACUGUGACCAAGUUAUCAAAGAAGCAAGUGACAACCAUGACAUGUAUGUGAAGACUCACGCAGACUUCUACCCCCUGGAGAGAGUCUGUCGCAACUAUACCAGCUCCAACUUUCAUCCUCAGAACUGCUAUGGCCUACCCACUCCUCACUGUAACAGUGGCAAAACGAUGAAGGAGUCCUUGAAGCUAUUUCAAGAAACACGGGAUGACCUGGCUACCAAAAUUGUCAGCAAACGCUUGGAAGAUUACAAGGAAAAGUAUCAACCACAGCUGGGGAAACCAAUUGAUCCAAUCAAGGACAGUUUGAUAGUUCCUCCCGAUCACACAUUCGGAGCCAUUCACAAACCCAGCCCCUUUGGAGCCGGGGAUAUCAUACAUAAUCGUCAGUUGGAUAAUAUCCUCAAGGGAAAAGAGAGUCAAAGAGGUGUUGUGGCUGCAAUGAGACAACAGCUGAAGAAACUCAACUAUCAUCAUUUUAAUAACCUCCUGGAUGCUUUCAGAUUUUAUGAUAAGGAUGGGAAAGGAAAAAUUACUCUGUCUAACCUUCAUGAUGUCUGCAUGAAAUACAGACUUCCUGUAGACAUAGAUAUAUUAGAUAAAGUUUUUGAUUACUGUGAUGUUGAUCGGGAUGGAAUGAUCAAUUACAUCGAAUUUUGUAACUUCCUGAACUGGAAAGAUAAGAUGCCAACAGGAUUAGAUGAUCUAGGAGCACCACCCGUGCUCCUUGGUGCGGAUAAUGAGGAAUCAUUCCAGAACCCACCAGCGAAACUGAUUGAUGAGAAGAAUUUGUUGCCCAAGACACCUCAGACAAAUGAAGUCACUGUACAACAUCUGCAGAAACAGAUAGACUUUAAUGUAGGCGAUCAUUUUGUAUCCAGCAGUAGGUACAAUGCAGUUGUUGGCCCUGGAGGAAUUCCAACUGAAGCAUUUCGCACUUAUGGCAUCCCGACAGUUCGAUCUGAUCUUCCAGCCCCACAUGUCAAGCGCCUGCAAGACAGAAAUAAUUAUGGGGACGAGGCAAAAAUGUAUAGCCUGUUGUAUCCUUCCUUGUACAGCCAGCAUAAUGUCUAUGAAAGAGAUUUACUACAACCAAGAUCUUAUGAGGAGAUUUGGUCUAUAUUCACAAACAUUGGAGUCAGAAUGACUGGAGAGGAGAUGGAGAAAGCUUACAAAAAAGCUGCCAGCAGUCACCCUAAAGGCUUCGUAAGUGUGGAAUCUUUCAAGAAUGUAUUAGAUGAUGUUCAGGUCAGUCAGAUCAGAGCUGGAAUACACCCAGUGGCAUUAGGUCAAGCUCAGAUGCAUUAA